CGUGUAUCCAAAACACCAUACACUGCAGCAUUUAGAAUUCCCUCCCCCCGCCAAACAUCUCCAUCCAAUGAGCGAGAAACGCCAGUCGCAGGAGCCGCCAGCAGAUGCCGCCAAGCACCAGCAAAAGAAGCAGGCAUCGUCGGUUGUGGAGAUCAAGCAGGACAGCAAAUCCAGCAAUGAUGGCGGAAAAUUCGGCACUCGCACGCUGUCGUCCGGCCGCGACGUAUUCGAGCACAAUGCAUGGGAUAAUGUGGAGCCCGACAGCGACCACGAAGAGUAUGCUUCGGGGCAGAUCAAAAUGCACCGCGAGCAUCCGGUGCCUGAAGAGGAGCGGGAGAAGUACAAUACGAACCCGGAGCAGUUCUGGAACGACUUUUACCAGAACAACACGAACAAGUUCUUCAAGGACAGGCAUUGGCUGGGGCUGGAGUUCCCGGAGCUGUUCAAGUGGACAGAUAAGCGUGUGUCUGCCCAGGAGGGCGAGCAGGCGGAGAAUGCGGACGACCAGCAGCCGGCCAGGGAGGACAGCGGGGAUGCGGAGAAGUUCCGAAUCAUGGAGGUCGGAUGCGGCGCUGGUAACGCAGUGUUCCCGUUGCUGGCGGACGUAUACGAUCCGCGGCUAUUCGUGUAUGCGUGCGAUUACUCCAGCACAGCUGUCAGCGUGGUCAAGGCAAACGAAGCAUACAACGAGUCGCGGUGCAAGAGCUUUGUGUGGGACCUCGCCAGCAGCUCGUUGCCCGCCGAUGUCACGCCGGGCAGCGUCGACGUGAUGCUGAUGAUCUUUGUGUUCUCGGCCCUGCACCCCAGUCAGUGGCAGCAGGCGGUGGAUAAUGCGUACCAGCUGCUGCGGCCCGGCGGCGUGCUGCUGUUCCGCGACUACGGGCGGCAUGAUCUGGCGCAGCUGCGGUUCAAGAAGUCGCGGCUCCUGGAGGACAACCUGUAUAUACGCGGGGACGGCACGCGCGUGUACUUCUUCACCAACGAGGAGUUGGCCGAGGUCUUUGGCCGCAGGUUUGUCGUCGAGCAGAACGCUGUCGAUAGAAGGCUGAUUGUCAACAGGAAGCGCGAGCUCAAGAUGUACCGCGUGUGGAUGCAGUGCAAGUUCAGGAAGCCGGAGUGAUCACGCG